AUGUGGCUAAGUGGCGGAAGUGUAGGUGGAGGUGGAGGCUUUGGUGGUGGAGGCAAAGCCUUUGGUGGUGGUGGAGGAGGCGUUGAAUGUUGUACAAGUAUAGGUGGAGGCAUUAGAUUUGGGGGCAGUGUUGGUGGCAGGGUUGGAGGUGGUAUUGUUAGUGGUGGUGGUAGUGGUGGUGGAGUAGAAGAAAGAAAAUGUGGAGUUGGUGGUGGUUCUGACCACGAUGGAGGCUUUGAUGUUGGAAGAGGUAUUGGCGAUGGUGUUGAAAGAGGAAGUGAUGGUGGUGGGGGUGGAUUAGGUGUAGGAUCUUUACAUGGGGGUGGCUUUGGUGCUGGUGGGGGUGGGGGUGUAAAAGGUAGAGUUGGUGGAUGUAUAGAUGGUGGAGGAGUAGCUAGAGGCAGGGGUGGAUGA